AUGGCGACAGCAAGUGAGGAAAAUGCACAGGUUUAUAACCUUAAAGUGGACUUUGUCAUUCAAUACAGCUUUGGAGAUGUCGACCAAUCAGAGGCGAUUGAGCAGCUCCAGAAGCUGCUAAAGACCCUUGCUGAGGUCGGUCUGCAAACUGAGGUCCGACAAGGUGAUGAAUCCUCGUUGCUCGUCUUUGUGCGAGCUUCCAAAAAACAGCUGAAGCGGGCGGUGUACCGAUCGCGCGUCCGUGACUGGCUUUACGGAAUUCGCCAUGCCGAGCCUGAACCCGCCGAUACGAUCGAUGCCCACACUGAGACGGAGGCCGAGCGACUGCGGGUGAUCAACCACAUGAUAACGCUCCCCACCCAGGAAGGAGGUGCCGGUAUCACCCCGCAACAUGGGGAAUGGAAGAACGUCAUGGCCGUCUUCCCGCUGCACGACGUGGAAACAAAUAGUCGAUGGAUGCGCGAGUGGAGCAAGAAGACCUUCCUCUCUGAAGAGGACUUGGACCAGAUCCGCGAUAAAUUUGGAGAAAGCGUCGGCUUUUACUUCUCCUUCCUCCAGUCCUAUUUUCGCUUCCUCAUCUUCCCCGCGGUAUUCGGUUUCGGGUGCUGGUUUCUCUUGGGCGGGUUCUCGAUCAUCUACGCCGUCGUCAAUUCCCUGUGGUGCAUCAUCUUUGUCGAGUAUUGGAAGCGCCAGGAGGUUGAUUUGUGCUGUCGUUGGCAGACGAAAGGGGUCUCAGCUGUCCAGACCAAGCGGCGUCAGUUCAAGCCAGAGAAAGAGGUGCGCGAUGAGAGCACCGGCGAAGUACGAGGGGUAUUCCCAGCGACCAAACGUAUGCAAAGGCAGUUGCUCCAGAUUCCCUUUGCAUUGCUUGCCGCAACCGCCUUGGGAGCCAUCAUUGCGACUUGCUUCGCGAUCGAGAUUUUCAUCUCGGAGCUGUAUAACGGCCCUUUGAAGACCUACCUGGUUUUCAUUCCAACGAUUCUCGUCUCCGCGCUGGUGCCGACCAUGAGUGCUGUUCUAGUGUCUAUUGCCACGAAGCUCAAUGACUACGAAAACCAUGAGACUAAUGAUGCAUAUGAUGUUGCACUAACACGAAAGGUCUUCGUUCUUAAUUUUAUGACAUCGUACCUGCCGGUGAUCUUGACGGCCUUCGUGUAUGUGCCCUUUGCCAGCCGCAUUGUCCCUUACCUGGAUGUCUUUCGCUUGACCGUCCGGCCCUUUGUGUCGAAAGAGCAUUUGAACGCCAAGAGAUCGCAUUUCCAAAUUGACCCGGCCCGCCUUCGAAAUCAAGUGAUCUAUUUCACCGUGACCGCCCAGAUUGUUGGCUUUGCCAUGGAGACUAUUGUCCCCUAUAUCAAGCAGCAUGCCUUCCGAAAGUACAAGGCCUUUAACAAGAAGCGCAAUGGCAAGGCAGAGCGCAACGGAGAGAAGGAAUCACCCGAGAGGCCGGUCCCAGUGGUUUUUGACGACCCCACGGAAGAAGCGCAGUUUCUCACCCGGGUUCGCAACGAGGUUGAGCUGCCGGAAUACGACGUCACCGACGACCUGCGUGAAAUGUGCAUUCAGUUCGGUUACUUGGCACUCUUCUCCCCCGUGUGGCCUCUGGUCCCCGUAUCAUUCUUUGCUAACAACUGGGUGGAACUCCGAUCGGACUUUUUCAAGAUCUGUAAUGAGUUCCGCCGACCGACACCGCUCCGGUCCGAUACUAUUGGACCUUGGCUCGACACCCUCGGGUUUCUCUCUUGGACUGGCAGCAUCACGAGUGCUGCUCUAGUCUACAUGUUCAGUGGGAAUGCGCAGCAAGGUCCCAACGGGGAGCCCACAGAUAUCAAAGGAUGGGCACUGCUUCUUUCUAUCUUUUUCUCGGAACAUCUCUACCUGGCUAUUCAAUUUGUCGUUCAAGCCUCCAUGACCAAGCUUGAGCCACCAAAUGCUCGCAAGGAACGUGCCGAGCGAUAUCUCAUGCGCAAGCGAUAUCUUGAAACGACCCUGCGCGCACAGAAUGAUGACGAAGUACCUGCAACCGUUACUUCUGAUGUGCCGGGACUGUCACGCGCUGCCCUUGAGGAGGAGGCUCGACAAGCAUCUUUGCAGGAAACAGACCCUGCUGAGCGCUUCUGGAUGCGGCAGCGAGGCUGGAUGGAGUCUGUCCAGGUCGGGACAGGAAUCAUUCAAGCCCAGACCACGGUAAACACCAAGAAGCAGCAAUAA